AACAGUUCAUUCAUCUCUUUUCACCACACGCAUGCACAUACCAAGAAAAUUCACAGGAUUCUGAUAGUUAUUUGGUGAAGGUUUUUCAAAGAAGGUUUAUCUUCACUGCUUCCACUAUUUAACUUGGGUUUUUCUAGCUGAAGAAAAGAACCAGAUUUCCUGCUGAUGUGAUUCCUCCUCCCCUCACAACUUCCUUAUCCUCUCUCACAGGCCAGCUACUGCUCUUUAGCUGAGAGGCCUGAGUAAGGAUUUGAACCCUUCACACUUUUGACAAAUCUUCAUGCACUUCAAAUAUUUUCGUUGUUUAAAGGAUCAGUGAAACCAUCCUGUUAUUUCUGCUCAAGACACUGUCAGCUAUUUCACAGGGAUGCCAAGAAGGUGACAGAGGACUCAGGAACCUCAGCUAUUUCACAGUAUGUGGGCUUCUCUGGGUCUUCUCUUGAUGUCAGCUCUCUGUGUGGAAAAGUUGAUUGCUCAACGCUGCCCACAAAUCUGCACCUGUGAUGGCAUCAAGCAACGUGUCUCGUGCUUAAACAAGAACCUCACAGAAGUGCCUGUUAGCAUUCCUCAGAUAACUCAGAAACUGGACCUCCGGCACAAUGAAAUCAAAACCAUCCCUGCAGGAACUUUCCUUCCUAUCCCCUACCUUACACACCUGAAUCUUCAGAAGUGUCAGGUGGAACAUGUUGAUGAAGGAGCCUUCAGAGGAUUAGGGCGGCUGGUCUACCUAAAUUUGGCUUCUAACAAUAUAGCCUUCCUCUACCAGGAGGCCCUAGAUGGCCUCUCCUCUCUCCAGCAACUAAUCUUAGAAAAUAAUCGCAUUGAAGAAAUAAAGCCAGGAGCUUUUGGACAACUGGGUUUCCUCAGUUUCCUUAACUUAGCCAGGAAUUCAUUGGUUUACCUGCCAGAUAUGGUUUUUCAAGGCCUUCAGUUGGUUAAGUGGAUCAAUUUGUCCCAUAACAUGCUCCACGUGAUUGCACAUGAGGCCUUUGGGGGAUUACCAACCCUUAGGAGGUUGAGCCUGGACCACAACGAAUUGCAGUUCCUCCCCACUGAAGCACUGUCUAGACUGUCAGGCACAAUCAAGCUGGAGAUAGGACACAAUCCUAUCACCUAUAUUGGUGAGGAGGCCAUUGAGAUGGCUUCACUGAAGCAGCUGUUCUUGGACAACAUGGCCCUCCAAGAUGUGUCAUACAGAGCAUUCAUCAGAAGCCCGCUCUUGCACACCAUUGACUUCCACAACAACCAGCUAUUUGUGCUGCAGCCCUUGAGAGAAAUGGCCCAUCUCAAAAAAAUCAACUUAACAGGGAACCCUGUGCUUUGUACUUGUAACAUGCGCCCUUUCAAAGAGUGGGCAGAGAAAGCCAGAAUUGACAUGGAUGUGGCAUGUGCUGGCCCUCCUGCCUUCAAAGGACAGCAGCUGGAAUCACUGACAGCAAGACAUAUGAAGUGUAGAGGUCGAGGCUAUGAAGAGGAGCUCCUUGCCAGCCUGUCUACUCUCACGAGGGAGCUAGAGGAAGAUGCUCCAAAGUGCCCAGAAGGAUGUGCCUGUUCACCUGAUUUCCAUCAUGCAAACUGUGAGAGCAGAGGGCUGCAGAGUAUUCCCAAAGGGUUUCUUAGCAACACCCAUCUCCUGGACCUGCGCCGUAAUGAGUUCCAUUCCAUACCAAAAGGCUCCUUCCCUGGCUUGAAAAACCUAACAUCACUCCAUUUGCAGAACUGCAAGAUAGCUACACUGCAGCCUGGUGCUUUCCAAAACCUGAAAAACCUAGUCUACCUUUACCUGUCCAACAACAGCAUCACUUCCAUAGAUGCUGAUGUUUUUGAAGGAACUAGCCAGCUUGCUUAUCUCUACCUGGACCACAACGGGUUCACCCAAAUACCCAAGGGUGCCUUCAGCCUCUUGCCCAACCUCUUUUCCCUCCAUUUGCAACAUAACUCCAUAAGUCAGCUAUCAGAUAAAGAUCUGGAAGGGAUGGAGAAGCUACGCUGGCUCUACCUAACAGGAAAUCAUAUAACACAUGUGUCCCUCAGAGCUCUGUGUGAUACCAAAAUGCUGGAGAAGCUGCAUCUAGAUGAGAACUUUUUGCAGGAAGUGCCCACCAGGUCCCUCAAAGAACUGCCCAACAUUAUUGAGCUGAAGUUGUCCAAGAAUCCCAUAAAACAUAUUGGGGAUGGAGCUUUCUUUCCAGUCUCAAGAUCCCUGCAGCACUUGUACCUGGAUAAUAUGGGGCUAGAACAGGUUUCUUCUGGUGCCUUCACUGGCCUAGGUCCAAAGAUAAAAAGUCUUUAUCUGGAGAAGAACAAAAUGCAUCAUUUGCCCACUCUGCAUAACUUUACAGCUCUGGAGGUCAUCAAUCUGAGUGAUAUUCCUUUUUACUGUGACUGCAAGCUUCUCCCACUACGCAAGUGGCUUGACAAGCUGAACCUGAGGGUAGGAGCCACCUGUGCCUCCCCGGCAGAUGUCCAUGGCCAGAAGGUGAAGCUCAUAACUUCCUUCCAAACCUGCCCAGCAUGGGGUACCAAGAAGGCCAAGAGAACCAGCUCACCUAAAGCCAAAGCUGGAAAGCGGUCCAAUAAGAAACAAUGGUCAGAAACUGUCCAAGUCAAGAGAAGCAAGAAAAGCAAAGCAUGAAAAAGGCCAGCAGGACUGUGGCUGCAGAUAUGCUUCUGAUCUUCUCAGCUAUUAGAGUCAAAGGUUAGACAGUAUGUGUUUAAAACCCACUUUAGGGCAGCAAUAGGAAUAUAUUUACAAGAGAGAAAGCAGAUGAAUGGUUAUGUGAUCUUCAGACUUUGGAAGAUGUAGAUUGAGAAUAAGAACUUUUCUGAAUUCAAACUCAGCAACAAAAACAGAUUAAUUCCUUAAAAUGUGCAACCCAUGGGGUUUUCAAGGCAAGAGAUUCUCUGAUACUUUAAUACUAAAUAUUUCAUCAGACAGGCAAGUCUCAUUGGCCAGACUAACUGGGGAAGAAGCAGCUGUCCUGUGUGUACAAAGAACCCCUUGUGCUCAGCAAACCACCCUUGUAUAACUUGGUGUGCCUUCCAGCCCCUGUGCAGACCAGGGCUUCCAUAGUUACAUUUUCAGCCACUGAAGUGAGAGAGAAUGCCAAUGGAUCACUUGAGGGUCUAAGAACUACAGUACCCUAGCUUGAAUGAUGUGGGCAGCUCAAUCUCAGAAGCAAAGAAGGACCACCUCUGGUUCAUUGAGACCACCAAAGAAGUCCAGGGUUGUUACAAGAGGUGGGCAAUGGCAAAGCACCUCUAAAUGUCCCUUGCCUUGAAAACCCUACCGGAUUGCCAUAAGUCAACUGCGACUUGAUGGUACUUUAUACCAUCACCAAGAACUCCUACAGCCAAACUGAAGGCACCUGAAACAAGCCCUACAUGGUGGUUGCUCUGUGCUGUGGCAGAAAAGUGUAUCUGACUGCCAAAAUCUUAUACCCUGGACAAAAUUGUUUGUCUUUAUGGUGCUACUGGACUUGAAUUGUGUUCUCGGAAUAAGACCAUGCUAGAGAGAAGAGAGGAACAUGUGCAUGUAAUUCUCAAGAGGGAGUGAACAUCUAUUUCUAAAAACAGGCAGUACAGACUGAGGAGGGGGACAAAGUCUCCCUCUUCUGUUAAGCUCCAUGGUUAGAAGCAUAAAUUUUCUCCCAGUUCUGCUCCUCAUCAGAGGUGAAAAUGAUUCUAACACAGCAACAGCUAAGCAAACAAGAGGGUAGUUGGCAGUAUUUAUACUCUAUCUCAGAAAAAGAUGUUAGUAUGGUCAGUUGAGGUGCAGUGGUUGAAAAAAUGGUAUGCUUCAGCACUAAAAUAUAGAAAAUGCUUCUGCAUUAGAAUAUAGUCCCAAACCAAUAUGACAUUAUCAUUCAUUUUAUGCGCUGCCUUUGUCAAAACCAUUAUUAUGUGCAUUAUUAAACAUGACAAUUUAAUAUAA